GCGGUGGGUGUAGUGGCCGCUGCUAAGGUUGAGGCGGCCGAGGGCGCUAAGGGGAACAUGCAUAAACUCAAAUCAUCUCAGAAGGACAAGGCUCGCCAGUUUAUGUCAUUUACCAAGGCUGGAGAAAGCACGGCUAUCUACUGUUUAAUGCAGAAUGAGUGGAAACUAGAAACCGCCACAGAUAACUACUUCCAGAACCCAGACCUGUACUACAGAGAAUCCAUGAAAAAUUCCGUAGACAAAAAGAAAUUAGAACAGUCGUUCAACAGGUACAAAGACCCACAGGAUGAGGACAAAAUUGGCAUUGAUGGAAUCCAACAGUUCUGUGAUGAUUUAAACCUGGACCCUGCCAGUCUCAGCGUUUUGGUCAUAGCGUGGAAAUUCAGGGCGGCCACUCAGUGCGAAUUCAGCAAAAAAGAAUUUAUAGAUGGCAUGCUAGAGCUUGGCUGUGACAGCACAGAAAAGCUAAGAGUGCUACUGCCAAGAUUAGAACAAGAACUUAAGGACCCGAUGAAGUUCAAAGAUUUCUAUCAGUUUACCUUUAAUUUUGCAAAGAAUCCUGGACAAAAAGGUUUAGAUUUAGAUAUGGCAGUUGCAUAUUGGAAUUUAGUCUUAACUGGAAGGUUUAAAUUUUUAGAACUGUGGAACAAAUUUUUAACGGAACAUCAUAAAAGGUCGAUCCCCAAAGACACUUGGAACCUUCUGCUAGACUUUGGAAAUAUGAUUGCGGACGAUAUGUCCAACUAUGACGAAGAAGGAGCCUGGCCGGUUCUCAUAGACGAUUUCGUGGAAUUUGCCCGGCCGCUAGUGAAAGGAGGGAAGCGCCGUACUUUCUAACCGCAGAGACAGGCCUGACCGGAUGGAGACGGCAGUCGGAAUCGCUUUUGGGAAGGGGGGGAAGUAGUUGACUUCAAUAACGGCGCCCGAUUUCAGGAGUCGGAGUGGGAUCCCCCCCGCCACCGCCCG